UUUGUUUUUUUCUUUUAUGCAUUAUACCACCAUGUUGGCUGCGCAUUUAAUUGCCUUUUACCUUUCCAAACCUCAGGAGAGCCCCAUAAGUAAGGUGGAUGGGUUUCUUCGGGCUAUGUGUCUGCGAGAAGAUCAAUUACAGAUUAUCUCAGUACUGUUUGAGGCUGAAAUGAAAAAAGGGCUUUCAUCAAAAAGCAGAGCUGUAGCUGCAGUGAAGAUGCUCCCAACGCAUGUGUGUGCCUCUCCCAAUAGAUCAGAGAAUGGACAGUUUUUGGCCUUGGAUUUAGGUGAAUCAUAUUUUAAAGUGCAACAGAUUAAAAUUAGAGAUGCAGUCGACUGUAGACAUAAAGAGGUGAAAAUACAAGAGAAAAUAGUUCCAAUUUCAAAACAGCUUCUAAAUGGCAGAGCAGAUGAGUUAUUUAACUUUGUUUCAAGAUCCUUAAAACAAUUUAUGUAUGAGAAAAACAUAAGUUUUGUGAGGAAACAUCCUCUGGCCUUCACAUUCUCUUUUCCUUGCGAACAACCCACCUUAAACGAGGGAUUCUUAGUAAACUGGACUAAAAAUGUCAGGACUCCAGGCCUUCAAGGAAAAGAUGUUGCUCUUGCUCUGAAAGCUGCAAUAGAAAGAACAGGGACAAUUGUUGCACUGGUGAAUGAUUCUGUUGCAACUAUGAUGACAUGUAGAUUUGAUGAUCCCCAGUGUGAUGUUGGACUCAUAAUUGGAUCAGGCACAAAUGCAUCUUAUGAGGAGCUGCGUCACAUUGAUUUAGUGGAAGGAGACGAGGGCCGGAUGUGCAUUAACACUGAGUGGGGAGCAUUUGGAGAUGAUGGAGUUUUGGACAACUAUAUAACUGAUUUUGACAGAGAGAUUGAUGCAGCAUCCACCAAUCCUGGAAAACAAAGCUUUGAAAAGAUGGUUAAGUUAUACCUGGGGGAGCUGGUGAGACUGGCUGUAUUAAAAAAUGGCCAACAGGGACUUCUGUUUCAAGGAUCUGUGUCAAAUGCUCUGAAAACCAAAGGGCAGAUCACCACAACACAUGUAGCUGCCAUAGAGGAGUACAAAGAGGGCUUCAAAACACUAGAGAAUAUCCUCAUGGGCCUGGGCUUAACACCCUCUGAUGAAGAUUGCAUAGCUGUUCAGCAUGUCAGCACUAUAGUAACCAACAGGUCCUCCAGUCUAGUGGCUGCAUGUCUGGUGGCUAUCUUGGUUCGGAUCAAACAAAACAGAAGAUCGACUCACAUUACUGUAGGUGUGGAUGGUGAACUGUACAGAAGGCAUCCACAAUACUCCAAACGUCUCCAGGGGGCAGUACAGAGGUUGAUGCCUGAGUUAUGUGUCAAGUUUGUGACCUCUCCUUGUGGCACUGGCACAGGGGCUGCUCUGAUCACAGUGGGAGCUGAGCAAGCUGCAUGGAAAAGGCAACAGGUUGAUGAAACGGUUCGUCUAUUUAAACUAAGCCAAGAGCAGCUUUUAUUGGUAAAGUCCAACAUGAGGGCGGUGCUUGAAUCUGAAAUGAAUAUGUUUGCCCUCAUUUGUUUAUCAUUUAUCAAAUGGUACAGGGGCACUGUGUUGAACUGGUCCAGAUGUGUUAAGGCCACGGACUGUGAGAGGCAGGACGUUGUCACCAUGCUGAGAGAGGCCAUAGACAGACACGGUACUUUUGACUUGGACAUAGUGGCAGUUGUGAAUGACACUGUGGGGACCAUGAUAUCCUGUGCUUAUGAUGAUCCUCAGUGUGAAGUUGGACUGAUUGUUGGAACUGGGGUCAAUAUUUGUUACAUGGAGGAGUUGAAGAACAUUAAAAAUGCAUUUAGAAAGGAAGUCUUCACAGAAAAUAAAGAGAGUGAUAUAAGGUGUGCAGAAGAAACAGGAGAGGCAAGUAAGCAGAGGAUGUGUAUAAACACAGAGUGUGGACGACUUGGGGAAAAUGGCUCCCUUAAUGACAUUAUAACACCUUAUGACAUUCAGGUGGAUUUAGACUCACUACACCCUGGAAAACAAACGCUCUUAUUGUGUUUCAGAUUUGAGAAGUUGACCGGCGGGUUAUACUUGGGGGGUGUUCGUCAGGUUCUGCUGGAUUUGACAAGGAUGGGUCUUCUCUUCAAAGGUCAUGAGAAUAUUGCUUUGCAAACACCUGGGUUGUUCCACAUUAGCUGUCUGUCGCAAAAUAGAGAGUGUUGUGCCCCUAGUGGCCGUGUUGGAUUGUUACAGGUCAGGUCUAUUCUCCAGCAGCUGGGAAUCGAAAGCAGUUGUGAUGACAGUGUUCUUUUUAAAGAGGUGUGUUGUGCUGUGACAGAUCGCGCAGCUCAGCUCUGUGGAGCGGCGCUCGCUGCUGUAGUUGAUAAGAUGAGAGAGAAUCGAACAAGGGACAGUUUAAACAUUACUGUGGCAGCACAUGGAGAACUUUACAAAAUACAUCCUCAAUUCUCUAGAAUCCUCAAAGAGACAGUGAAAAGGCUCGCUCCUCAGUGCGCAGUGACCUUAUGA